UGUAGGCCAGCAGAAGGCCGGCGGGCACCGAGCCUCGCCUUUCUACCCCGCGGGCUCGCCUUCGCCGAGGCAGUCCGGCUUUGAUCGCAGGGUGCGGCACAGCCAAGCAGCCCGCGAGGCCAUCCGAGGCCGGCAGGAGGGCGGGUCGUAUCCAGGCGGGGCUGCUGCUCCUUGCCGCCUUUUUCCCUUCUCCCAACCCAAAAGACCAGCCAGCCUCAAGAGCCAACGGGGUCGACACGCGCGGCUUUGGAAGAACGUCUUGGUGAAGGACCAUCCGCCUUGCUUAAUACUUGAAAAAAGUGAAAACAUGAAUGAUUAACAAGACUCUCCAGAACGUGCUGAUUGGAAGCCUAAGGAAUCGUGAGCAUUAUGCCUAGCUGGGUUAUUAUUUCAAGGUCUGCUGUUGCCACCUUGCCUGGAAGAGGACGCCUCUAUUCCAGAUACGUCCUCUCCCAAAAUCAAGCAUGGAAAAGUCUGUUUGCCAAAGGUCGUUCAGGUUGGUCCCCAGCAAGCUGUAGUUGCAAGGCCACCCAUGUUUUCCCUCUGGGAAAAGCGUUCCGACAUACUUCCACGGAGGAAGAAGACUUCUCUUUCCAUUUGACGCCAUCACAGAUCAAUGAGGUCCUCAGGGCGAGCGAGUUAUCCUACACCGUCCCUGAAUUUGACGGGAAAAAUCCCAGCUCGGUGUUGAAAUUCGAGUCCAACCACCUGGGAGCCAACGUGCCAAUAGAAGACCGCCGAAGCGCGGCAACCUGUUUGCAGACAAGGGGGAUGAUGUUUGGAGUCUUUGAUGGCCAUGCUGGCUACUCCUGUGCUCAGUCAGUUAGCGAGAGGCUGUUUUCUUACCUUGCCGUCUCUCUUCUCUCUCGGCAAACCCUGGAGGAGAUUGAGUUGGCCAUGGAAUCUAUGAAACCAAUCCUGCCUAUUCUUCAGUGGCACAAACACCCCAACGACAGCUUCUUCCACGAGGUGGCCUCCCUGUACCUGGAGCAGCUCAGAGUUUAUUGGCAGGACUUACUGAACUCGGACACAGACCUUGGGCUGACGAUGGAAGAAGCUUUGAUCGGUGCUUUUAAAAGGCUGGAUUCAGACAUAUCGCUGGAAGUUCAGGCACCUGCCAAGAACGAACUCCUGAAGAACAUCGCUCUACAGGUGGCUUUCUCGGGCGCAACGGCUUGCUUAGCUCAUGUCGAUCAGCUUCACUUGCAUGUUGCCAAUGCUGGGGACUGCAGGGUGAUCCUGGGAGCUCAGAACCCCAAUGGCACCUGGUCUGCUUUACCUCUGACCCGAGAUCACAAUGCUUUCAACGCGUCAGAAAUCUCGCGGUUGAAAAGUGAGCACCCAACUUCUGAAGGGAACACUCUCCUUAUGAACGACAGGUUGCUGGGCGUCCUUAUGCCUUCCAGAGCAUUUGGAGACGUUAUGUUCAAGUGGAGUCAGGAUCUGCAGCAGAGCAUCCUUAAAAACCACUGCAACCUGGAGGAUUUAAACAUCUAUGAGUAUGUCCCUCCGUGUUAUCACACGCCCCCUUAUUUAACAGCUGAGCCGGAGGUCACUUACCACAAAAUCAGACAGGAGGAUAAGUUCUUGGUUCUUGCUUCUGAUGGCCUGUGGGACAUGUUGAGUAACGAAGAGGUGGUCCAGCUCAUUGCAAACCAUACAGUUAAAGAUGAUGUCCAGAAAACUCAGCUCACUUUUAAGAAACCAACCAGUCUGGGGUAUGUGCAAGACCUACUUCGGAGGAAGGCCCGGACUGCCCAGCCCUGUGACCGGAAUGUGGCGACUCACCUUAUCAGACAUGCCAUUGGUGCCAAUGAGUAUGGAGAGAUAGACCAGGAAAAGCUUAUGGCAAUGUUGACUCUUCCUGAUGACUUAGCACGCAUGUAUAGGGAUGAUAUCACUGUUACAGUGGUCUAUUUUAAUUCAGAUGUAAUUGAUAGCUACUAUCAAGAGGAUGAAGAAAGAUCCUGAGUUGCAUGAAUUCCGAGGGUCAGGAGGGUUCGAUUCAAACAUUCUUGCACAAGAGCCCAACUCAUAAAAUCUCUGUCCUUCCUUCAGGGGGACCAAGUUUAGUUCUCUGUAAGCCUUGAAUUCCUAUAAAAAAUUAAUUCAUUUUUGGAUUGUAAAAUAAUUUGGGGGCAAUCAUUUGAUUUUAGUGGAACACUUGGGUUUGGUAGUCAAUGGGGUGUCAGAGAGAAACUGGUAAUAGUUGUUUAAGUGGAGCCUACACUUUGUAGCUAGGAAUGGGCGAGUAGCUUGUGAUGUUCAAAAUGUCUAAAGUAGAUCAGAAUGGCAGCUAGCACUCUCCCUUGAUGAGCUCUCUAGAAUGGCCAUCAGUGAAAAGAUUGCACGCAGGGGAAGAGGUGAAUUACCUUUCUGAGUGGGGUUGGGCAUUCUAAUCCAUACAAACUGACUUGUACCGAAAGGCAGAGAUGCUACUCCAAAGGGAGCUUACUCUGAGCCUGUCAAAAAGAAUUAUAUCCAACAAUGCCCCUUUGCCACUGCAUCUCCAUUUCUGCCAGGCCAAAAACCCCUGCCACUGGAGCUCCUUAGAAAGAUAUAGCUAUUUUCAUAGGCUUGUGGAAGGUCAGGGAAACGCUUCCCUGAAUGCAAAUCUAUUCCUGCAAUGCUGAAUGUUGUCUUCCGCUCCCAAGACAUUAGCGUGAGAUUCCUGAUAGCAUCCUCAUGUUACAUUCAUAGGGGAAGUUUCUUUCACCUAGUUAAACAGUGUCCACUGUGAUCAGUUUUCCUCUUUUAUCUUCCUGUUUGAAGGCUUGCAACCCCCUUUCUUUCCUCAUCUGAACGGCUACUGUUUAUAUGCUGCAUCAGUUACUAAUUGAGUUCUUGUAGAUAGCACUUCAGGGAUUUCAAACUCCUGUUGAUUGCUUCUGCUACCAUAGCAGUCUUACUGGAGUGUCUCUUGUUGUCUUAAAAAAAAAAAAGCUUCAGAAAGGAUUAGUAUUUGUAGCUAUGCUGCAUUCUUGAAAUUGGAAGACAUUUUAUGGUGCAAGGAGAUAAGGAUAUAUUUACACCCUUGGAUCGAUGCACAAUGUUGCAAAGGAAUGGCUUUAUUUUCCUAUGAAUGGACAAAUAUUGUGGUUUUUUUAUUUAUGUUCGAACUUUUUUUAAAAAAAAAAAACCUGUUGACUAACAUUCUGUUUGAAUACCAGUCAUGUAUGAGUAAUGCACUAUGUUGAUGACUGUUCUCUGAAAAAGAGCAGGGUUUUAUUAUAGUGCACACUUACUCACAGUCUGAAUCAUGAUUUCAGGGCAGUCUGUAAUGCUGCAUUUCAU